UAAUAGUUUUGAUUUCCAGGGAAGGUGAUUGAGAACUGAUUGAGUUGAUCCGUAAGCCAAUCCUUGCCCAUAAAUGCCUUUUUUCUUCUUCUUUUUUGCACCAGCUGGUCUAUAAAGUUCAAGUGCAUGCUUAAAAACUUCAUUCACGUUAAUGAUAAUUUUAACUUCUUUUUUAAUCAACGAAAAAUGAGAUAUUCGAACUUCAAACAUCAGUGAGCCAAGAUUACAAUAAGUCGGUAAUUUCGAACUUUUAUAAUGCCUUGGGAUGCAUAUACUCAUUGGUCAAGAAUUUUCGAGCAUAUCCCUAUUGAAAGAAGUUUAUGUUUAUGAUAGAAAACCCUCUCUCCUGUAGGCUCAUCACAUCAAAGGAAGUUGAUGUUGAAAAAUGGAAAAAUGGAAAAAUGAAAAAAUGAAAAAAUUUGGUAAACACACAAUUUGGUAAUGGACCCAUUUCCCACGUCGCCAGAAACAUGGCCUACCUGUUUGAAGACAGCAGCAGAAUAAUUUUACUCCCUCAACUACUUCCAUACACCGAGCCCGGCUUUAAGCUUUUAUCUCCCUCUAAAACUCAAACACACCAAACAUCUCUCAACCAACGAGGCUUGGUCUUUCAAUUCACUCUUGCCCUCCUCUUGUCCAAAUCAAAUCAUCACUGACAUUUUCCAUCAUCUCCAAAGUUUGCAUCUGCAACUUCCCAUUAAACCCAGAAUUGGAUCUUCCUCUUCCUAACCUUUUAGGACCACAUAUAUCCAUUAUUUUUGUGUGUGGUUGAUUGGAAUUCCCUAUUUAUUCUACGAUUCAAACUCUGUUUCUUGUCAUUUCCUAUGUGGGAUGUGGAUAUUUUUUUAAAUAACUAGAGUCUUCGUUAGGUUUGAAGUUCUUUAGAAUCUAGACUCGUCAAUGUUUUUACAUCAAAAGUGACAUGUUUGUUGGUUUCUGCUAAAUCUGAUAUAUGUGGUCUGAGUGUGAUUUUCUGGCUUUCUUGAGAUUAAAGUCUUAACAAGGAGAAUGGGGGUUGAGCUUUGUUCAGAUAACUCUAGCAUGGGUGUGAGCCCAAGGAUUUCAUUCUCUUAUGAUCUUUGCCAAUCUGAUGUUGCAGCUGUGGAACAACAACAGCACCACCAUCCUCCUCUCAGAUCCAAUUCAUCAUCAUCCUCAUCAAGAAGCAUGAAUUCAAGCAUGGAGUUUGAUUUCUGCGUCGUCCACGAGAGCUUCGAGCAGGAGUCUUCCUCCGCAGAUGAGCUUUUCUCUGAUGGGAAAAUGAUUCCAAGUGAGAUCAAGAAAAAGUCUGCUCACCCAAAACAGCUGGAUCAAAAUAUUGUGCCUCAUCAACAUCCUCCACUGCCAACAGCAGCAGCAGCUGAUCCAAGUGACGAAAACACAAGUAGGGCGAAAGAGAGCGGUAAAGAAAGCAAGAACAUGAGCUGCAAUGAAGCUGAUGAGAAGCAGAGUUCCAAGUCUUUUUGGGGGUUCAAGAGGAGCAGCAGUUGUGGUAGUGGAUAUGGCAGAAGCUUAUGUCCUUUACCACUUUUAUCAAGAAGCAAUUCAACUGGUUCUUCAUCAUCAUCAAGUGUAAAGAGAUCAGUAUUUUCCAAAGAGGGUCAAAAUCAGAAGCAGACUUCACAGCAGAAAUCUGCAUCCAAGAAGCUCCACUCAUCAUCACAAUCUUCUUCAACUUCAAUGAAUUAUCAAAAGCCUCCAUUGAAGAAGGGCCAAUAUGGAUCAUAUGGCAAUGCUGCUCCAUUUAAUCCUGUGUUAAAUGUUCCUACAGCUAACCUAUUUGGUUUUGGAUUAAUCUUUUCAAAUGGAAAAGAUAAGACCAACAAGAAGAAGUGAUGAUAUGUGUAUUGGCAUUCAAUGAUCAGUUCAUCUUAUAUGGGAAAAUAAAGUUUUUUUAAUUUUAUUUUCUACAUUUAACUUGUUGAAUUUUAAGUGAUUGUAAAUUAAGAGUAAAGGGCUUCGAAGAAAGAAGACAAAGAGAUAAAAAGAUGCAUCAAUUCAAGGGAGGGACAAAGGCAUAUGUAUGAUUCUAGCCACAUGCUUUGGAAGGGCUAAAAGACAAGGUAACCAUAGUCUUUCUUGGUGUCAUCCCACAUGGUGUUUUCCCUUUUUCUGCAUUAUUUGGUCUUUGUUCACACAUUUGGUCAUAUGCUGUGGUUUGGUUUUUGUAUUUUCUUUUCUAUUUUCCUGAUUGCUCUGUUAUAGCAAGAGAGAGGUCUGAUCUUUUGACUUUGAAGAGCGUUUGGCAUGUUCUUUGAACUUCGUUUGGAAUUUUAUCUGUUUUAGCUGGUUGUUAAUUUUGACUCUCAUGGAUUUUACAAUAUUUUUUGUGUGUACA